CAGCAAAGUAUGAUCUCCAACCUCCUUACAAAUAGCUAAACCUUUAAUUCUAGUUUAUUUGAUUAUUCCUUUGCUGCAUUAACCUUCUUAUGUACAGUUCACUCAUCUAUUUUGAUAAUGUGUUUUGUUGUUUUUUGCUGCCAAUAUUUUUUAAGAGCUCAUCAUGGAUUUGGUUGGGUUGGAGAGUGGGCAAAUACAGGGUCUGAAGCAAAUCGGAAGCCAGCUGGGCCUAUUGAGGCGAUUCUGAUUGAGACACUCCACCAUGCAGACAGGGAGAAGACAGAAUCCUUAAUUCUUGAACUAGUCUUGUGGCUUAACUAUUUGAUAGGCCAAUCAAAGGCUGGUGCAAAAGAUGGUGGCAAGAGAACUCCAAUUAAUUCACCCCUCCUGGAAGCAAAUCAGCAGCCCAUGCAAGAAGCGGCUAAUGCUUUGUCACCAAUUUUAAGCAUUGAAGACCAGGAGAUGUUGCAGGAUGUUAGCAACAGAAAACAGAGAGGAAUCAGUAAGAGUCAGGACUUCGACUCUCCAAAAAACACGUUAAGAAAGCAUGACAGACUAAGCAAAAGUAGCAGUCACUCUCCUACAAGGGGAAGCGAUGAAGUGAUCUCUAUGAAGAGGCAUUCCUCAAGCAUUCUUGCUCUUAAUUUUGGUCGCGACAAAGAGAAAGCAUUGGGUGUCAUUGAUAGGGACGACACCCAGAUGUAAGUUACGUUGUUAUAUGUAUGUAUAUAGACACAAUACACAUCAUCAAGAGUGAGGGCAAAUCUGAAAAUUCGUUAUUAAUGAGGCGGAGCCUACCUGUGUACGUGUGUUGAUAGUUGGGCUGUAUGUAGAAUGGAAUGGUACCCAUUUCUGUUGUUUUUGUCUAGCCAGAGAUUUUAUUGUUUGCUUAUAAGAUCUGCAAGGAAUUCCGAUUGUUUUUUUGUUGCGGAAAAGAGGGAAAAUGAUCAACAGCAAGGAUGCUUUGUGUACAGACUACCAAAGUAUUUCAUGGUAAUUUAUGGGUUGGAGUCGAAGAUUAUGUAUCAAGCCAGAACCAGU